CGUGCCUUUGCCUUCAUCCUGCUCCCGACGGGACAGCACAAGUCGGGAUGGGGGAAGCCAAUCUGCUUAUCGACGGGGUUCCCCCAUCCUCACGUCGCACCUGUCAAAGUCACUCUGUUCCUUUUCUCGCUCAGCUCUCGCCAUCACCGCAAAGCCUUGUGCUGCAUUGCCUCGCCAUUGAUUCCCGCCUUUCACAGCGAAGCACCCGAAUUGCUUUACAUUUUCUAGCCACAGAACCCUCUUGCUUGUCCCGCCACCCGGCCCCCGUAUCAUUCUGCCUAUAAUACAGCUCAAUUCGGCAUAUAAGCCCCGAUCCCAGUUUUCUACCGCACGUCAUACAGACACACCGUCUUCAAAGCAUUAACUACGCGACGCGCGACCUCGACAAGGGCGCAUUCGACCCAACGAUGGAGCGAACGCGACCCCAACCCGCUCUCCGGGCGCCCGGACGCCGGAAGUCCGUCUUCAUGGAAGUUGGACUUGUGGACGAAGAGACAGUGCGGAGAGAGCGCAGCCCCGCGCCUGCGCCUGCGCCUAUUCUGAUUUCCGAUCCGAGCCCGAGGCGAUUGAGACCAGCGAGAACUGUGAGGUUCCGAAGCCAGAAUGAGAUUUUCGACGAGAGGGAGGAGGAACGGCAGACAAAGGAAGACGACUGGGAAUCUGCCUCUGAGUCGGACGUCGAGGACACCGAUUCAGUCGAGCCGUCGCUGCCCCGGCAGAACCUCGCCUUGUCCAAAAUGUAUCGCCUAGGGAUAUUGGUGGUUACACUCGCCUUGAUGUUGCCGAUCGUUCAGAUCAGCACCAUAUCGCCAGUCGGCGUCAAAGGCGGGGUCAUUCCACGAGAAACGAUUGAGUAUACAAGCUACUCGAACCUUGCGAAGCGAGAAGAUUCCCCUACGGAGGUUUGCAAGAGGUGGGCCGGCCAAUCUGCCGUUGUUAACGGAACGCUGUACAUGUACGGCUUCCGCACGAUUACCGACGCGUCGCAAACUAGCAACACCUGGACAAACGACUUCCUCACUCUUGACCUGACGAAGUCGUGGCAAAUCGCCCAGCCGUCUCUCACCGGCCAACCCAUCCCCUCCGGUCCACCUGCCGUCUCGCUCGGCUAUCUAUGGAAUUCGCACUCGUCGCUCUACCUCUACGGUGGCGAAUUCUCCGAAGAUCCCGCCGAGAGCCCGACCGCGAACUCAAUGUGGGAAUACAACAUCGGGAACAAGCAGUGGAUAGAGCACACGGACCCGAAGAGCUCUGCAGGCGACAAUGCAGAGGGGGACGGACAGUCUAUUCAGCGCGCUGCUGAGGGCGCAGGCUUCAGCGUGGCUAACCUGGGCCGUGGGUGGUUCUUCGGCGGCCAUCUGGAUACAUUUACAACCGAGGGCUGGAGCAACCAGAUUGCGAGAAUCUACUUGAAGAGCCUGCUGGAAUUUACGUUCCCGGGGUAUUCCAACGAAGCUGUCGACAGCCUUGGGGACGGGAAGACGGCCGGUCAGGAUGGUGUGUACCGCAACAUUACUGAAGGUGGCAUUCAAGACACCGGUUCGUUUCCUGAACGCGCCGACGGGAUCCUCGUCUAUAUUCCCGGCUUCGGAGACGAGGGCAUUUUGCUCGGUCUGACCGGUGGAGAUAACUCCACCUUUGCGCAAAUGAACGUUAUCGACGUAUAUGACAUCGCCAAAUCGACCUGGUACAAGCAAAGCACCUCCGGAACCAUGCCCAAAUACCGUGUGAACCCUUGCGCCGUAGUCGCAGCCGCAGCAGACGGCUCCUCCUACAACGUCUACAUGUUCGGCGGCCAGAACCUCAUUCCCUACGGGAACCAAACCCAGUACGACGACAUGUGGAUCCUCUCUAUUCCCUCCUUCGUCUGGAUCGAGGUCGAUCAGUCGACACAGAGCGUCCCCUACGCCCGCGCCGGCCACUCCUGCCACGUCUGGGACAGCCAAAUGAUCGUCAUCGGCGGCUACGUCGGCAAAGAUCUCGGCUGCGAGUCGCCCGGUAUCUACGUCUUCAACAUGUCCAGCCUGCAAUGGAGCGACCAGUUCACGGCACUCACGGGCGACAACGCGCUCAAGGCCUGGGACGGCAGCGAAGGCAGCCAGGGGAACCCGCUCGCGCAGCAAGCCAACCAGCGCGGCUUCGACGCCAAAGCAGGCCUCGAGGGCAGCUACGGCUACGCCGUGCCCGCGCCCGUGCAAUCCGUCAUCGGCGGCAAAGAAACCGGCGGCGCCACCCUCACCGCGCCCAUCCAGUCCCCCACCGACGGGCCAUUCAAAACCGGCACGCCCAUGACAUACACCGUCACAGGCCCCAACGGCGCCACCAUCACGCAGACCAUCGGCGGCGGCGGCGGCAGCGGCAGCAGCGGCUCCUCAGGCCCCAACGUCGGCGCCAUCGUCGCGGGCGUCAUCGCAGGCGUCUUCUUCCUCGUUGCCGCCUACUUCGCCUUCUGCGCCUGGAUCUACCGCAAGCAGGUCAAGAUCUGGAAGCAGCACGCCGCCAUGAUGGCCGCGCGCGGCGCGCAGAACGAGAAGAACGACCCCUUUGCGCCGCAGGGCGCCAGCGCCAUCGCGUCCAGCGGGAAGAACUCGAGCGAGCGCGCCCAGCGCGACAUGCUGGCCACGCGGUCCAGCGAGGCGGGCAGCAAUAUCCGGACGAGCGACGAGCGGGCUGGAGGAGGGCUGGCGGGCAGUAUACGCGGAGCUGCUGCGGCGGGAGCGGCGGGAGGAGCGGCAGGAGUAGGCGGGGUGGAUGCGCUGGGGCGGCGGAGCAGUGUGGGCAGCUCGACGGACGAUCUGCUCGCGGGGCAGGAGCCGGUGUUCUGGGGCACGAGGGGCGUGCUGCUGAAUCCGCGGCGGAGCUUGCGCGUUAUUAAUCGGGAUUAACCAGGAGUCGCUGGAGAGCAAAAGGAGGAGGAGGAGGAGGAGGAAAAGCUGGCAUCUGGCAUCCGAUGGGGUGGUGAUAUCCCCUUUCUUUUCUUUCUAAUUAUCAAGGGACGGCACGAUGAUUUGAUUCCCCCUGUUUCUUCGAGGGAAGGUUCAGCAAGCAAGCAAGCAAGCGUGU